UUUGCGGCAGCGCUUCCCUGCCGUGCCGAGCGCCCCUGCGGCAGGGCCGUGCAGCAUGCUGGAUCCGGAGGGCAGUGUGGAGCACAAGCCUUCCUCCGCUCUCCCCAGAGUUCUCCUUAUCCCUCUAGCCAUGCUCCUUGCCAUCGCAGCGCUGCUGCUCUUAGCGUUUUCCGCUACGCAGCAAAAGGAGCCCGAUUUUUACACGUUCAAAGUUGUAAACAUCAGGGGCAAGCUUGUCUCCCUGGAGAAAUACAGGGGCUCGGUGUCGCUGGUUGUCAACGUUGCCAGCGAGUGUGGGUACACAGAGAGCCACUACAAGGCCUUACAGCAGUUACAGAGAGACCUGGGCCCCUACCACUUCAAUGUGCUGGCAUUCCCAUGCAAUCAGUUUGGGCAGCAAGAACCAGACACCAACAGAGAAAUCGAGAGCUUUGCACGCAAGACCUACGGUGCCUCCUUCCCUAUGUUCAGCAAGGUUGCAGUCAGCGGAGCCGCUGCCAUUCCGGCCUUCAAGUACUUAAUUGAUUCUACAGGAGAAGAACCAACCUGGAACUUCUGGAAAUAUCUGGUGGACCCCAAUGGGAAAGUAGUAAAGGCCUGGGACUCUACUGUCUCUGUUGAAGAAAUAAGACCUCAUGUUACAGAACUUGUAAGGAAAAUCAUCCUGAAGAAAAAGGAUGAAUUAUGAUUUUCAAAAAUCCCAGCAUGCCAACUACAUCUGUGUUGAGAAUCAGAGCAGGGGUUUGUCUUUUCACAUUCCAAAGGAGCAUAUGUGGGGAAGGGAAAUGAUGACCUGUGGAAUCUAUAUUCAUCAACCAAAGUACAUAGAAAGCAGCAAGCUAUCAUGGUCAGAGGAAUUUAAUUUCUUU